UCAUUCUCUCACUCUCAUUCAAUACGAAACAUCUUGCCGAGCCAGACACAACUACAAAAUUUCCAGUCCACAACAACAAAAAAAAAUAAAAACUAAAACGUAGAAACGAAAAAAAGCAAAACAUCAAAAUGCAUGGUGAACAAAAAAUGUCCAGGCCAAAAUCCUCAAUGAAAUCCAAAACAAUUUAUACAUCCAAACCCAAAGCCAAAUCUCGAUUGCAGCUGCAGGGAUCUUCGACAAAAUGCAAAUAUUGGCCAUCGCCUAAGGCACCGCUGCGACGACCAUUGCCGCCUUUGACCAAGGCCAAAAGCUGUAAAUUGUUGCCAGUGAAAUCGAAAAAAUUGCUGCCCACUGUUGUCGUUACAGUUGCCUCCACGAAGAAGGGUAAAUCCAAGGGUAAGCAGCGCAUGGGUGUUGUUGGUAAGGGCAAGGGCAAUCAGCCAAAGGUCGCGAAAAAUGCAAAACAAUGCCGUUCCAAUUUGAUGAGGCGUGCAUUGAAACCAUUGAUACCAACAGAACAGCAUCCCCCGACAAAUGGAAGGACGACGACGACGACGACGACGACGACGACGACAGCGACGGCGAUGAGGAGUCCGAAAAGGAGCAAAUCGUUUAGGAAAUCUCAGUCGCCCAUAAUGCCAAAAACAGGAACCCAAGUUGUAGAUGCCAGCGGCAUCAAAAGCAAAAAAAAUCGUGGAACACCCGUGCUAUUUUUAGUGAAGGAUAGCGCCAAGCCUCAACAGUUUAUGGAGCCAAUGCGUUCAAUGCGAAAACGCAGCAAAUUGCAAAAGCCACAAUCUCACUCGCGGUCUCGUUCUCGGUCACGGGCUGGGUCUUGGUCUCAAGCGGAAGCUCGUGCGGAUUAUGAUGCCAGCGAUCGUCGAACGGCCUAUGACAAGAGCUAUACGAAGGCCAUCAGUGAGCUGUCUCACUCAAGACGGCCUGCGGUUGGUGGUGUGGAAUUCUUUUACAAUUUGGGGCAACGCGUUGCUCCACCCAAGCAACGAACUCGAUUGCCGCCUUUGCAGCGAUUGGCUGGUGGUGGUGUUGGUGGAGAUGAUCAUGUCACGGAUUUGGAAGUGCCGCUAACGAGUCGAUUACCCAUUAUUGAUUUCAUAUCCACGACGGAAUUUCAGAGCAUGUAUGCGCCACAAGCAAAGCGUGCAGCCAGACGGUUUCUUAUGUGAAAGCAGACGAGUGUAAGGACUAGCGAGUAUAAUCUAAAAGCAUAGAAGUUAUGUACCUGAGUAUUAAGAAUGUUUGUCCAGAUUCAUAAUAUAAUAUCGAAUGUCAAAAGCCAAAA